AGGGUAUUAUUUUGACUUCGUUGUUUUAUAUUUUCCUCGAGUGGCGCAAUCGUUAUUAUCGGGGCGUAGCGUCUGCAAAGAAGGGAAAAACAGAGCAGCAUUUUCAGCUUCACAAAAAAUCCUAAACAUCAUGAAGCAAAACCAGCAUCAGGAAAACCCGAAAACCUCGUCCAAGAGAUCACGACCAGGGCAGAGUUCCAUAGAUAUAUUCGCUGCGCAGUGUGAUAAAUGCUUCAAAUGGAGAGUGAUUGACACAGAAGAAGAAUUUGAGGAGAUCAGAAGUAGAGUUGAUGAGGAACCAUUUUCUUGUGACAAAAGGCAUAACAAGUCUUGUGAGGAUCCUGCUGAUGUUGAAUACGAUUCCACUCGGAUCUGGGUGAUUGACAAGCCUAAUCUACCAAAGACCCCUCAAGGUUUCAAGAGAAGUUUAGUGCUCAGAAAAGAUUACUCCAAAUUCGAUACUUACUAUAUUACACCUAAUGGGAAGAAACUCAGAACUCGUAACGAGAUUGCCUCAUUUUUAAAGGAAAAUCCUACAUACGAAUCUCAAGGAGUGUCGCUUUCAGACUUUGAUUUUUCAUCACCAAAGAUAAUGGAAGACACAAUUCCUGAGAAUGUUAUUCGGAAAGGCUCUGCUUCUGGGGCUGGUAAUUCCAACAAGAAGCUUAAGCAAUCAUGAGAUGAUGUUACACCCAACUGUUAUACUUUGUAGAUCUAGACUUUUUGCAGGCCAGUUUCGCCUUUUGGCAGGAUCAUGCUGGUUUUUUUUCCUUGUUCACUUGAUGUAUGAUGUAAAACAUGAUUGUAUGCCUGCUGUUCAUUUCUUCAUUUGUGAUGACAAACUAGGAGAGCUGACAUGGUAUUUAUAUAAUGAUCCAUUCCUGCAAAAAAAUUGUCCUCCUGGAUGUCAAGUUUCGUGUGGUUUUAACACCUCAAAAUUGAUAUCGAUUUCAAGAGAAGUUACUUGGUUAUGGUUCA